UGUUCCGUCGGUCGCUUUUCGCCGUUGCACAAAACAAAGUGCACGAACCAGCGCGACCCGCUGAGGAGUCAACAUGAGCUCAGUCGGCCUGAGCUCGAUCGACGUCGUGUGGUCCCUUCUGGCUGGCUGCUUCCUUGCAGCACUGUGUGUUCACCAAAUCUCGAGAACAUACGAAACGAGUCGUCUUCAUAUUUUAUUUCAGGAUCUUAUUCGCUACGGGAAAACCAAGCAGAACCUGAAGCGAGACGACUGGCUGCGUGUGUUCGACGUCCCUAAACGAUGUUUCUGGCACUUUUAUGCCGUCUCAGUUUGCUGGAACGGUUUCCUCCUGGCACUGAACCUGAACCUCACGUUUCAGCAUCAGUCACCCCCAUCGUGGCUCACUGGGAUAGUAGACAUCUUGACAGGUGUACCAAGCACCGACAGCCAUGCCCCGCAGCUAUCUACCCUCCUGGUGCAGCUACUGCUCUGGGUCCACUCCCUCAGGAGGCUGCUGGAGUGCCUGUGUGUCAGUGUCUUCUCUGAUGGAGCAAUGCAUUUGGUGCAGUAUGUCUUCGGUCUGGGGUACUACAUCAUACUGGGCUUGACGGCGCUCUGCUCAGAUCAUGUGGCGAAAGGCACCGGCUCCCUCCUCUCUCAGCUGGACUGCUUCCACGUGGCCGGAGUUGGACUCUUCAUUGGAGCCUCACUCCUGCAGCAUCAAUCCCUGGUCCUGCUGGCCAGGCUCCGCACCGGGAAGUCAGGAGCAGUGGAGACGCUGGCGCACAGAGAGCCAAAGGGAGGCUGGUUUGAGCUGGUUUCGUGCCCACAUUACUUUUCUGAGCUGCUGAUCUACGUCUCACUGACCUUGGUUUUCAGAUGCCUGUCUCUAACCUGGUGGCUUGUCGUGCUCUAUGUGCUCUUCAACCAGGCACUGGCAGCGCAGCUCUGUCACGAGCUUUACAUCAGCAAAUAUGAGUCAUACCCAAGGAAUAGAAAAGCAUUCAUACCUUUUGUGUUUUGAAUAGUCGCCAUCGUGGUGGUCGUCCUGUUCUGUUUCGGGAACAGACAAAUCUUCGACAUAACAGAGGAUCUGCACGUGCAGGAGUAAAAUUCACCUCGACAAAGUGGAGCUGCUCAGUAGCCAACAGGACAACAUGAGGUGUCGCAAGUGUGAACGUGAGUGUCUCCGGGUGAGGAGUGAGCUGCUUCUCAGAGACUGAUGUGAAGAAAUGAGGAAGCUCGCCACAAAACAUUUCAUACAUUUGCUACAGCAAGGCCAUAUUUUUGUUACAACAGAAUACUUUAAUAUAAUGAUAGCAUAUUUUUCCUAUGGCAGCAUGUCAUGAUAUAACAUAUUUUGUUCAAAUAAGCAACUCUUAAAUGUUUGUUUUGUAAGAAUCGUGACACAACAAGUUAUUUUGUUUUGACAAGGAAAUUCUGUUUUUUAUUGUUGUUGGUUUUGGCAGAAAGACAAAUAGUUCAGACUUUUAUUUUAAUUUUCUAUACCUUUUCUUCUGAACUACAAAAUAAAAUCAAGUUUGUCGUAAAUAAACACCACACAAUGGGAAAAAAC